CUCCUCCCUUUCCUCCUCCUCCUCCUCCUCUUCAGAGUUUCUCCACCCCUCUCUUCUCCCACUGGGGCUUCUCUGGCUCGCCCUCCUUUGCUGUGAUUUCUUCUUCCAUCCAUCCCUCCCUCUCUCUCUCUCCCUCCCUGCAAAGAAACCAUCCUCCCCUCCCAGCUGCUUGGCUACUAAGCCUCUGUGCUCUUCCUCCCCUCCACCCAGCGCCAGCCCUCCAGCCCAACCCACCAUCACCCCCAUACAACACACACACACAAGACACACAAGCAGAGCCACCACCACCCCUCCCAGUCACUUGGAAACAAACAAGCCAGCCCAAAGAGUUGGGUCCUUCCCUUUGGAUUGCCAGCCAGGCUCCUGGUGGCGGCAGGUGGCUGGGUUUUGUCUCUCAGGACCCUUUCCGUUGAGGGGACUCGGCCUUUCCUCCCCAUCCGACUUGCAGGAUUUUUUUGUUUUAAUAAAGACAGAAAUCAGGGGGACCCCAAACUUUUUCUUUCUUUCCCAGUGGAAGCCCCUGAUCGGGGUUUGGGGUCGUCUGGGGUGAGAAGAGCCCUUUCCCAUCCUCAUCCCAGUCCUUUCCUCUUCACCGGGCCUACCUUACAAGGCUGUUUUGAUGUUCUCCAUCCAGGAGGGUCUCCCCAGAGGUGGGCUGACCAUGAAGGAAGAGCCUUUGACCGGCGGACUGUCGGCGGUGAGGUCUUGGAUGCAGAGUACGGGCAUCUUGGAUGCCAACACAGCAGCUCAAAGUGGCGUUGGACUGGCCCGGGCCCACUUUGAGAAGCAGCCACCUUCCAACCUCAGGAAGUCCAACUUCUUCCACUUUGUGCUGGCCAUGUACGACCGGCAUGGGCAGCCGGUGGAGAUCGAGAGAACGUCCUUCAUCGACUUCGUGGAGAAGGACAGGGAGCAGACUGGAGAGAAAACCAACAAUGGCAUCCACUAUCGGUUACAGCUGCUAUACAGUAAUGGUCUUCGGACGGAGCAAGACCUCUACGUCCGGCUGAUAGACUCAAUGUCCAAGCAGGCAAUAAUCUACGAAGGGCAAGACAAGAACCCAGAGAUGUGCCGUGUGUUGUUGACGCAUGAGAUCAUGUGCAGCCGUUGCUGUGAUAAGAAAAGCUGCGGGAACCGCAACGAGACGCCUUCCGACCCUGUUAUCAUCGACAGAUUUUUCCUCAAGUUCUUCCUCAAAUGUAACCAGAACUGCCUGAAAAAUGCUGGGAAUCCCCGAGAUAUGCGACGGUUCCAGGUAGUGGUGUCGACGACGGUGAAUGUGGACGGUCAUGUCCUUGCAGUUUCCGAUAACAUGUUUGUGCAUAACAACUCCAAGCACGGACGCCGGGCACGGAGGCUGGACCCUUCUGAAGCAGCGACACCUUGCAUCAAAGCCAUCAGCCCCAGCGAAGGCUGGACCACAGGCGGUGCCACUGUCAUUGUGAUUGGGGACAACUUCUUUGAUGGGCUGCAGGUGGUCUUUGGCACCAUGCUGGUGUGGAGCGAGCUAAUCACGCCACAUGCAAUCCGUGUACAGACUCCUCCAAGGCACAUCCCUGGAGUAGUGGAAGUGACGCUUUCCUACAAAUCUAAGCAGUUCUGCAAAGGAGCCCCUGGACGGUUUGUCUACACAGCCCUGAACGAGCCAACAAUUGACUACGGGUUUCAGCGCUUGCAGAAAGUGAUCCCGCGGCAUCCUGGUGAUCCCGAACGUUUACCCAAGGUAGGCUUUCUAGCCAUUCUCUUGAGAAACUUUGCCUUGUAUUUGAUGUGCUUUCUUCCUCACAGCAUUUAAAACAGACAAAAUGAGCUUUGCAAGAGACCACCGGACAUUGCUGAGGCCUUGUACAGCGUCCCACGCAACUCCAACCAGCUGUCCUCCCUGGCCGGGAACCAUGCUCACUCGGGGAUGAUGGGCGUCAACUCCUUUGGGAGCCAGCUGGCUGUCUCUGUUUCAUUUACAAAUUAUUUAACCAAUUUGGGAUACACACGCAACACGAGUAGCGUCUCUCCGCGAGGUUAUGUGCCCAGCUCUACCCCUCAGCAGAGCGGCUACAACACCAUCACCUCCAGCAUGAACGGUUACGCGGGGGCUGCCAUGACCAGCCUCGGGGUUCCCGGCUCCCCCAGUUUCCUCAACGGCUCCACUGCCAACUCUCCCUACGCCAUCAUGCCGUCCAGCCCUCCCCUCGGAGCCUCAUCCAUUGCCAGUUCCUCCACGCCAGCAGGCGUCUUCUCCUUCUCCCCAGUCAACAUGAUCUCUGCCGUCAAGCAGAAAAGCGCCUUCGCUCCUGUGGUACGGCCGCAAGCGUCCCCGCCACCAACCUGCACCAGCGCCAAUGGGAACAGUCUUCAGGCCCUGUCCGGUCUCAUCGUACCGCCCAUGUGAGCAGGGACCAGGCGAUGAACCUUCUGGAAGGAUGGACCAAUGGACUGGCGCUUAACACAGACCCUUGGACUUGAAAGGGUGCGGGCACUGCUUAUGCGACACGGGGUUUCUGGAGCACACCUCCCAGAUCCUUCCAACCUGGCUGCGUCAUUUACGUGAGGCUCCCCCUUGUGGUGGGAGGCUGCAGUGCAGCAGGACAAGCAACGGGAGGAGAGACUAGGCAGCUACUGGGAGAGUCCCACCCAGAAACUGGGGAUGUCUUCCUCAAGAAGGAGGGUAAAAUUAGGGAGGGUUCGUUGAGGGGGAUUCAGCACUGCCAUCCUUUCUUUAAGCCACUCCUCCAUCCCUACCCCCUCACCCUGCCCUCCUGUGCCAUUUCUCAUGGCUUUGGUUAAAAGACCCACAAGAAAAGGAUUCCACCAUCCCAUCUGGGUUCCCUACUCAGGUAGAUUUGCUCCCUGUCAAUAACAGAACAUUCCUCUUUAAAAAUACCUGUCAUCUCUAUCACUGUGGGAUUCCCUGAUACAACUAGAGAGAGUCUCCCAUUGGAAAACUGAACCCUCAACAUCAAACCCUGUGAGCCAGGUCUCAUAGAUACUUGGUUAUUUUAAUUUUUAAAAAUUACUGUAAUUAUUCCGUGGCUUUAGGUGUUAACCCCAGGAAAUAUGGAGUGGCAAGGAGGUGGAAGUCUUCUAACUAUCUCUGUUCCUGGAGAUCCCUCUCAAAGCAAGCUGGUUUGCAUUAUGCACACACACACAAAACACACACCUCCUCAUUAUCUUAAUUCUUGCCAAACUGGAGAUUGCUUUCCAGCGAAAGGAAGAGAAUCGGCAUUCCACAAGUGACCCUGAGGUUCUUAUGCUGUUAUUUUCCUUUUCCUGCAGACUAUUUCACACAUAAACCCAAUACAUAUCUUCCAGUGCUACAGGUGUGGGAACACCAGGGAGGCUUGUCAGCGCUUUCCUGCAGACAAAGCUCUUGGCAUAGAUUUUCUGAUGCUGAGGCGAUCUACUCCACUGCAAGCAUCUUGUCCCAAAGGCGUGUUGCUGGAAAUGCACUGUUAGGCUGCUCUUCCAAUAUGCUUCUGUGGGUCUCUGGCCAAGCAAUGCCCACCUAGAAAACACACCUCUCCUGCACAGCUGAAACUUGUGAAGAACCACAGCCAUACCCUUUUUGCCUCUCCUUUCCAAACUUGGCUGUGUGUUCCCCCCAAGUGUUCCAGAUGUCAAAAUGCCCACCCACAAAUUUCCCCUGGAGGGUUCCUGUCCAGUCUUUUCCGUUUCGCCCCAUCGGCAAGAACACAGCAGCCGUUGUCUCCGAUUUCCUGUAAGCAGGAAGGGCUUAAAGGCACAAAAUCCUGAUUCAUAAAAUGCUCUCUUAAGGCAGAUGAAUGGAGGGAGGGAGCCUUUCAUUCAGGAAGCAAACUUCUGUGCAGCAACACUGUUCCCUCAGAGGCCACCUCCUAUAAAUACAAGUGCUGCAAAGCCCCACAUCGUCCACAUUGGUGAAUACUGAUCACACAAUAAGUCCUCAAUCCAGCUAUCCCCUCUCCCAAAACUGGUAGCUUUGGAACGAUGAUUUGCCACAUGAUUUGUGGAAUCCAUGGUAUUUCCCCUGUGACAAAGUGCCUAACACAUAAGGGCAUGUUUCCCAAGAAAACCACAAUGGGAUGCUUGGAAACCAGCCUGAGCAGAGAACAAAAAAAGAAGAUAGUAGGAAGCUUCCAUUUUUCUUCCAAAAGACAUGCAGGCAUCCAAACCCCAGAUAUUUGGUCCUUGAUAACAUUACCUUUAUUGGUAAUGUUACCAUACUGACGACACCCGAAAUACUUCUGGCUUCCAAAGAGAGGAGGCUAGUUCUUGCUCAGAAGGAAGAAGAGAGGAGAGCUUGCGAUACCCUGAUCUCACUUCAUUUUCAGCGAUCCUACUUAGUUGCAUCUGAGGAAGCAGACCAAGCGUACGAAAAUUUAUGCUACAACUUCUCUCACACAGUUAGUCUCAAAGGUGCGGCAAGAUUCCUUUGUGUGAUGAUAUUCCAGAGUAACACAGCUAUGUCUCAGAGUUUUAAAAACUUUGGGAGUGCAUCCUCCAGAAUUCCCAGCCAGCGUGGCCACUGCAACUGACUUGCCUACAGCAUAAACAUUCUUGGGUUUCAUACUUCAUUUUAAGCCCUAUCCUCCCACCCGCUACAGAGAAUCUUAAGCAUUGUAGUUUGGUGAGUGUCCUAACAGAGAUCUCUGUUUUGGAGCUCUCCAGUCUCUGUUCAAGAUAUAUAGCUCCUUGGAGAGAAGGAAGAGCCAUCGAGCCAGUUUGUAGACCAGACAAACCCUUUCUCAAACCAGGUUGAAUGUACUCCUGUACACACUCAUGUGUGAAUUGAAUGGACAUGCAAGGUGGCAUGAGAUGCUAUCUCGACAAACGUGCCACCUUGAGCCUAUAUUUGCUGAAAUAAUAGAGCUAUGGAGUCUUUUAAGAGGGCCAUCAACAGCUAGGAGCAUUUCACCAGUUCUUCCUCAUAGAUCCUCUGCCCCUGCCAUCUCACUGGCUUUGCACGACUUGGUCAGCAAACCCAACGAUGAAACGUAAGGAGGGAGGCAUUCCCAGAGGCAGGAUUAAGUGCAUCCCACACAUCACUUCUCCCCUAAAAGUACCUUGCCAGCCCUAGCAUUUGCACCCAGGGACAAGCAUGAAUGUUCAGGGUCUUGGUCCUCUCAGAAGAUACACUACCAUUUAUGAUGGAGGUAUCUUUGAUGUAACUUGCCCAGGAACACAUAAAGCUCUUCUGCCUUUGUCCGUAGGGAAUCGGUACCCUCCAAAGCCCAGGGUGAGGGGGCCGAGAGGGACACAGGAAGAGACGACGGCAAGAAAAACUGGUGGAUUCUUUCUUCAUGAUUCAGCCUGAAGCUGGCUGUAGGCGGUGGUUGCGUCCGCCAUCCGCAGCUGCAACAGCUUUGGGCCGUGCCUUUCCAUGUACAUCCAACCUCAUCUGACCCCCUUCAAGGAGGUCAAAUGGUAGUCUUCAGGGGGGCCUUUUUAAUGGCAAAAAAUAAUAUUAAAAGUAAUGAGCAAUUCCCUCAUGGUUCAUGAAAUGAUUUGGAAUUGCUUUUUGAAGAAAGAUGAAAACUUAAAAUCACUUUUCACUGUUGCUUUUCUUUUUUACUUUUUAAAGCCAUUGGCCCAUGCAAUCUUAAAACUAUGAAUUUACUGGUAUGUUUGGUUUUGUUUUCAUUCUGCUGUUGUUUUUUAAACACCUUUUUUAAAAACAAUGCAAACAAUCCUUUGGGGUUGUUUUAAAACUCGCCUUCUUCUUCUUCUUUGUAAAAGAAAACCGGGUUCAGAAAAGAAGGCGCAACCGAGACGGAUGUUCUCCUGCACACGUCACGCUGAAACAUAGGGCUAUGCUCUUGCGCUGCUCCGUUUUGUUGCAGCGUCUCUGGUGCAAAAGGGCUUCCCUCCGGCUUGCGGCUGGAAAUUCAGGCAUCCUCUCCCAGACUCCCACAGUUAUUUUUCUAGCAUCGUUUUUCCAAGUGGGAAGGAGGGGGAGCAAAUAGUUGUAAAUAAAGAUUAUGGGAAAAUAAUCGCCCCAAAAGUUGGGAUGCAAACCGUUCCUGCCGGGGCUUGUUCUCUGUGUAUUUAUCUUUGUCGUACGGAGAUUUGUUCUCCUAUCUCAUGUUUUUUUUUUCCUUUCGUAUGUAUUUUUUUACUUAAUUUUUAUGUUUAAUUUUAAUAAGGUUUUGUUUCUUUUUUGACAUUGUCCAUCGUGUGUCCUGUGACGGCUGUUGUACAAUAGCAAUGUUGACCAAUACCUGGCUGCACUGUUUUUCUUUUCCUCUCUCUCAAUGUUAAGCACAUGUAAAUGGACUAUUACUGUCAUUUCUUAGGAAACAGGCCCUAGAAUAUAUCUAUAUACCUCCUGCAA